GGCUGACGGCCUUGGCGGCCUCCGAGCCCCCGGCGCAGACGCGCGGGAAGUGCGGGGGCAUGGGCGCGUUCGCCGCGGACUGGGGCCAGCGCAAGGAGGUGCGCAGUGACCGCAUUGGCCACGAGAUGAUGCUUCGCUGCACGACGCUCGACCGAAUGCUGGAGGCCUCGCCCGACUUCAUCGCGACGGCUGGCUGCGAGACCCUGCGCGCGCGAGCCCACGCGCUGAGGCGAGCCUUCACGGGCGCCAGCUGCGCGGCGGGCUGGAAGCAGCCGAGGGGGGCCUCAGCGAACAUGUGGAAGUCCGAAGAGCGUUGGGACCUGGCCAACGAGCUCGACUGGCGCUCGAUCGCGGAUGGCGAGGAGCCCCCGCCCGGCGUCGAGAAGGACCUGGCCGCGCGGUCGCAGCAGAAGGCGCUUUUUCCAGCGGUGCCCGACGAGGCCAG